GGGAGCCGCUUCCGGGUGAGCCGCCCCGCCCCCACGUGGGCUUGCGCUUUUAGAGCGGGAGAGCGCGGUGUCGUGAACCCCGGCUCCGAGCGGCUGCGAGCGGCGUCCCUGAGCUGAGGCAGCAGACACCCAGGAGCCUAAACUCCAUCUAGCAGACUGCUCAGUGUUCCACUGGCCCCCACCAUGCAUCACCAGUCCGUUCUGCACGGUGGCUACUUUCACCCACUGCUUCGGACCUGGCAGACCGCCGCCUCCACCGUCAGUGCCUCCAACCUCAUCUAUCCCAUCUUUGUCACAGAUGUUCCGGAUGAUGUCCAGCCUAUUGCCAGCCUCCCGGGAGUGGCCAGGUAUGGCGUAAACCAGCUAGAGGAGAUGCUGAGACCGCUGGUGGAAGCUGGCCUGCGCUGUGUCCUGAUUUUUGGCGUCCCCAGCAGAGUUCCCAAGGAUGAACAGGGCUCUGCAGCUGACUCGGAGGACUCCCCAACUAUUGAGGCUGUCCGUCUGCUGAGGAAGACCUUCCCUACCCUGCUGGUGGCCUGUGACGUCUGCUUGUGCCCCUACACCUCCCAUGGCCAUUGUGGCCUCCUGAGUGAAAAUGGAGCAUUCCUAGCAGAGGAAAGCCGACAGCGGUUGGCAGAGGUGGCACUGGCCUAUGCCAAGGCAGGCUGUCAGGUUGUAGCUCCAUCAGAUAUGAUGGAUGGAAGAGUUGAGGCCAUCAAGGCUGCCCUGCUAAAACAUGGACUUGGCAACAGGGUCUCUGUGAUGAGCUAUAGUGCCAAAUUUGCCUCCUGUUUCUAUGGUCCUUUCCGGGAUGCAGCUCAGUCAAGCCCAGCUUUUGGAGACCGACGCUGUUAUCAGCUGCCUCCUGGAGCCCGAGGCCUGGCCCUCCGAGCAGUGGCCCGGGAUAUUCAAGAAGGAGCUGACAUGCUCAUGGUGAAGCCGGGAUUGCCCUACCUGGAUAUGGUGCGGGAGGUGAAGGAUAAGCACCCUGAGCUCCCCCUCGCAGUAUACCAGGUGUCUGGAGAGUUUGCCAUGUUGUGGCACGGAGCCCAGGCCGGGGCCUUUGAUCUCAGGACUGCUGUACUGGAGGCCAUGACAGCCUUUCGAAGAGCCGGCGCUGACAUUAUCAUCACCUACUUCGCACCCCAGCUGUUGAAGUGGCUGAAGGAAGAGUGAAGGACUUGAUCUUGACAAAGCUCCCUGGGCUUUACCGAAGGGAAAAAGUAAAAGUGCUCUUAGAACUGUG